AUGCCUCCACGCCAGCGCCGUCCGCGCCCCAAGGUUUCUCUUUGGGCGCGAUUCCGAUGGUGGCUACUAGUUGCGCACUCGCCUCUGCAAAUACGAAACAGCCUCUGCCGACUCAGAAGCAGUCGGUACCCGCUCCUUGACCUCAUACGCAUGUUUAUACCGUACCCCUCAUGGUAUUACCCAAUCCAAGGUCCACACUCUCUUCGUGAGCUGAUCGAGGACGAACAAAAUGGGUAUCCGAUAAUCAACGCUCAUUUCGGGGAGAUACACAAUCUGCGAGCGAUUCCUGUUUGGCGAUGGCGGGAUACUCCGCUACGAUCAAUAUACCGCCUUUAUGAACUCCAUCUAUCUGGUCGUUAUGCUCUCAUGGGCUGGGAGACGGAGUAUUUCUUUGGUCGAACGGAUUGGAAGUUGGAAGAUAUACCUGACCCCCAGGACCCGGAUCCGCUGCAUUAUGCAGUGGUCGCUUCGAUCAUGGAGGAGCUCCACGAAGCGGUCAAUUGGAGAUUGGGCUUAGGUCUGCGAAGAAAUAAACAGCAUGUGUUUCGGGAAGAAGACGGCGAUCCCUGGCCGCCAUUCACCCCGGAGAUUCUUCCGAAAUGGACCGCAAAGGUCCCACCGCUUGAUAAAGAUCUGUUGAGGCAAAGUAUUCCAGCUUCAAGUAUUGACAAUGAUGGCAACCUGCGUCUUGACAAUAGUGGGAAGGCACCUCACUCUGCGCGACGUCACAUCGUUACAACCAGAGGAUGGCUCUAUACUGUCUGA